UAACAGCUGUUUUGCCGCACAUGUGCGAAUUUGCGAAACAAAUGCCGCCCGAUAAAUGAUAACUGUGCUAGAAUAGUAGAAUUGAUUCGUCAAUCAUCAUCCAAGUUCAAUUGUGAAAGUGUUGUUUAUUAAACGUGACGCAUUGUACACCUAUCAAAAGAUGCGUUCCUCAUCAGACCUAAAAAACUGGCCAAUAUUCAAUUUGCUGAAGGAAGAAUUCGUUCCGAAGAUUCACAUGGUUCUGGUAUAUGGUGACAUAGGCGACAAAGCUCUGAUUGUAACGAAGGAUAAGACAAUAUAUGCUAUGGGCGAUAAUACCGAUGAUUGUUUGGGAAUCGAUAGCUCGUCUAAUGUACUACAACCCAAGAAAUUGGAAUCUUUGGACAAAAUAGAUAUAAAAACGUUUGCCUAUGGUAGUGGACCUCAUAUCUUGGCCCUCACGGAGGAUGGAAAGGUGUACUCUUGGGGUUAUAAUGAAAACGGCGAAUUGGGACACCUGGGAAACUAUGGUGAACCAUCAUUACCCAAGAUGAUACACGAUCUAGAGAAUAAAUUCGUGGAUAUUGCGUGCGGCAGCUAUCAUUCUCUUGCUCUUACCAAGGAUGGAGAGGUGUACACCUGGGGUUUGAACAAUUACGGACAAAUAGGUGGUAAUAAUGAACGUCAAACUAUUCCAAAAAAGAUUUCUACCUUGGCCAAUAAGGUUAUUUGCAUUGCGUGUGGUCAGAACUUUAACAUGGUAGUAACCAAGGAUCGGAAGAUAUACAGUUGGGGCAGUAACAAUGUUGGACAGCUGGGGAUAGGCAAUUACACGACUCAGGAUAGUCCGCAUCUAAUCUCCUCGUUAAUAGGUGUCGUGAUAGUGAAGGUAGUGUGCGGAUCCCACCAUACGCUCGCACUAACGGAUGAGGGUACGCUAUACGUAUGGGGUAGUAACAGUUACCGGCAAUUGGGCAUUAUAAGUGGCCCAGGCAAGACAAAUGUCUGCAGUCCAGCUACAGUGGACUCUGCCACUGGAAAGGAGAUGGGAAAGAUCUCGGACAUCGCUGCUGUUCACACUUCUAACAUAAGCGUUGCCCUUUGCACGAGUGGGUGUGUCUACGUGUGGGGCAACUGUAACGGGAAAAAGUGUUAUCCAACCGCCACACUGUUCUCAAACAUUCACGAAGUAUUCGCGUGCUACACAAGCGUUAUGCAUAAACCACUGAUCUUAUGUGUAAACAAACAACCAAGCAUAUUGGAAUGCUUGAGCUCUGCUUUCAAUGACCCCUCGACGAGUGACCUUACAAUAGAAGUGGAGGAACAAGUGAUUCAUGUUCACAAGGCUAUUUUGAAGAUCCGUAGUUCGUAUUUCAGAAUCAUGUUCAAAGAAAAUUGGGCAGAGAACAAUCAGAGUAUUAUCCAGCACAAUCAGUUUUCUUACGUGGUGUACAAAGCUUUCCUGAAGUACUUGUACACCGGCAUACUCGAUCUACCAAUAGAGAACGUAUUUGAACUUUUGGAUUUGGCUAAUGCAUACUGUGAAACUGAUCUCAAGAGACAUUGCAUCAACAUAGUAAAGCAAGAGGUCACUGUAAAAAACGUCAUACCUCUCUACAACUCCGCUAUCAAGAAGAAUAUGCAGGAGCUGGAGAAGUUUUGCUUCGAGUUUGCUUUGGAGCACAUGACAGCCGUGUCGAUGUCAGAAACUUUCGCCGAGCUAGAUGACGUUAGCACAUUAAGGACUUUUAUAAUUAAAGCAGCCAGUGCCAAUGCUUUUAGGACCUAAUCCGUUUUGUAUCUAUGUAACUAUGUAUUUAUAAUGGGUGUUUUCCAGCAAUGUACAUAGUUAAAAUAUUGUGUUCGAUGCUGUGUUCGUCGUUUUGCGUACUCCACUGAUACCAUGACAAUGUUUUUAUUUGAUACUAUUCAUUUUUCUAAAGAAUGGUAUUCAGGCGAAAAUGAACUUUUAUGGAUAUAUUUUGAACGUAGGUGCAUCUAGAAGACUGAUUUGAUUUAUUUUAGAAAAGGGGGUUCAAAAUCUGAAUCCAUGCAGAAGGAAAUUAUUUUCAGCAAUGUCUUUAAGUUUUUUUUACCACAGUUAUAAAUAAAAAGUGUUUACAACUUG